AUGAUUGGCGUCUGGCCAGCGUAUACCCAGCGUAUUGCCAGCGUUUUGAGAAAGCGUACAUAUAGGGUGCCAUUUCUAGCUCUUCUUCACUUCUUCGUGGACCUCGGACGAGAGACGAUGGAGGUAGCUCUUCUCCAACACCAGCAUGAUCUGAUGAAUUUGGCAGUUCACCACAUCCAAGAUAACAAAAGAAGAAGAAGAAGACGUGAAGUCUGGGUGAGACCAUGGAUCGGCAGGCGACGGCAGUUUGGCCUCUACGACCAGCUUCUGGUGGAGUUCCGAAACGAGGACCAAAGAUCAUUCAAGAACUUCAUGCGGAUUCCCCCCGAGAUGUUCGAUGAGCCUCUAGCCAGAGUGGGUCCCAGGAUCACCAAACAACACACCUGGUACAGGGAGCCCCUGGAGCCUGGACUGAAGCUCGCACUGACUUUACACCACCUUGCCUCUGGGAGCAAGUAUUCAACCAUGAAGUACGGUUGGAGGGUCCCCCACAACACCCAGUCACUCAUCGUCAGAGAGGUCUGCGAAGCCAUCAUCGAUGAGUACAUGCCCGAGGUGAUGAACUGCCCCACCACUCCUGAGGGACGGCGUGCCAUGUCUGACAAGUUCCUCCAGAAGUGGAACUUCCCCCAUACAUGUGAAGCACUAGAUGGGAAGCACAUUGCCUGCAAGUGUCCUCCAAAGAGUGGUUCCCAAUACUUCAACUAUAAGGGAUUCUACCCUGUUGUACUCAUGGCCCUUGUUGACGCGGACGACAAGUUCAUCUGGGCAGACCUCGGUGGUACAGGAUCAGCAGCAGACGCACAGAUCUACAAUAACUCUGAAAUCAAGGAAUUUGCUGAAGACGGUACCAUCGGAUUCCCGGCCCCAGAUCCUCUACCCAAUGACUACCAGGAUGUCCCCUACUUCUUCAUCGGCGACGAUGUCUUCGCCCUCCGAGAGACCACGAUGAAGUCAUACAGCCUCCGGGGUCUGGACAAUGAAGAGAGGAUAUUUAACUACAGGCUUUCCCGCGCCAGGAGGGUGGUUGAAAAUGCCUUCGGCAUCCUGGCGAACCGCUUCCAGGUUCUGCUGACUACCAUGCAGCAUAACCCCUCCACUGUCAAGGUCAUCGUGAAAGCCUGCAUUGUCCUGCACAAUCUGAUGAGGAUACGGUACCCUGGACUCCAGAACCAACAGCUCGAUACGCUGGACAUACGCAGUUCAUACGCUACUCAUACGCUAGCCAUACGCAGAGUACGCUGGCCAUAG